AUGAGCGUACACACUCAGCGACAAGGAGCCAUGUUCGAGAUGAAGUUCCGUCGCAUUCAAGAACAUGUCCAGCGUCUCCAGGACGAUCUCGGUCGUCCCCGCGUCAAGAUAUCAGAGGCUUCAGCUAAUCUUAUUCAAUACUGCAAGGCGACCCGCGACCCGCUAGUACCGUCCAUCUGGGGUCAAAUAGAGGACCCGUACGCGCCUCCGGAAAAAGGAUGUGAAUGUAUCUUGGCCUAA